ACGAGCGCCUCCAAUUCAGAACAGAUCGACGUUGGCCAGAUGAGUCAGAAGAUUCAUGCGCCAGUGGCAAUGGACCUACAGCAGAACAGGUUGCACGUAGUCUCUUGAAGGAUAGGGCUCCAGAGUACACGGAAGUCCUAGGUGCCCUGGCCUUAAACACUGAUGGCCAUGUUUCCAAUAAGUUCCAUGAGAAAGGGGAAGAGAUCAUAGAAUGGACAAGUCGCGCCAUGCUAGUUCGUCUGGCCACAGAAGAGACCUCUUGGCUGAGCGUCAGCCAUUUGAAGGAAAGCCAGGUGGUUUGGGACUUGCAGCAGUCCUGGGAAUGUAUCGACUUUGUGCAAUACCACCUCAAUGGCGCGGACGACGUGUUGAAAUACGAAAAGUGGACGUGGGCUGUGGAUGAGAACAAUCGUUUUAUUGCCUUAGGGCGGCCCACAUACACAGAACGUCUUAGAGAACUUGCACCAGAGACACCCUUUUUCCUGAUUGGACAGGCUGGAAGCGCAGAGGAAAAGGGCGCUUGCGUCGAAUUGCUGCCUGCGCACACAGUGACGAACUACCAGUAUCGAUAUGGUGGUACUGCAAUUGAUGUCGUUCGCGCAUUGUAUGCCGAAGGGGGCCCUCGCCGCUUUUACAGAGGUGGUUUGGCCGUGAACGAGGGGCUCUUGGCAGCAACCGCCAGAAGCUCAAUGGCAAGCCAUGGUUUGUCCUCCACGAUGGCCGCGGCCACCAGUUCCUUAGCAACUAGUGUGUUGCGAGUCGUGCUGAUGCCGCUGGCAAAGCAGGUCAACGGAGAGCAUGGCUUCAAGAGAGUUCUAGAGGAGGCUGCAUCAGCUGUUGAAGCUACGGUGGAAAACUUGAAACUCAACACCCCAGUUCUAUUGCCCAUUAUGGAGAUUAUGGCGAUCAAUGACUUGAGGCUUCCCUCAAUCGAGGCUUUGAUUGGGGCCAUUGAGGACUUCUACCAACUUUGCAAGAAAACUGUGAGGCAGCCAGACUAUGUUUACCAGGAAGCAUGGUCUAUCCGUCGGAUGAUUGGGAGAGCCAAGAAAUUCAUCUACAGGCCUCACCCUCCUCAGGAUGCUUUGGUGGUAGACCUCAUCACGGCCAUGGGCGUUGACGUGAAGGAUUGGAAACCAUCAGCACAUUGCUCUGACAGCCAAGAGAACCAGGAUACCCAAGAUGAGGCAAUUGGGAAUCACGAUAUGGAUUCUGUGGGGGAAGUGGAACCAGAACCUCUUGGGCAACCCCUCUUUCAGGAUGAGCUGAAUGAACUGUUCGCUGAGUUGGAACACAAUCUUCCCCCAGUGCCUCUGCAAGGACAAUGGGACGGUGGCUUUCGUUCCCGUGGCUACUCCAUGAAUGGUGGAUCUCCAGAGCAGGCUGCAUUGCCUCCAGCUGAUCAAUCUGGGAAGCCCAACUUGCUUCCCGCUGAUGAGCAAAGUGUUGUUGCAAGUGCGGAAGCAUCUACGGAUCCCAUCAUGAUUAUCUCGGAUUCUUUGCUACCCCCUGUGGCAGCGGCUGAUGAAGUUGACACUUUGCAGAUUUGCUCGCCCAGUCAACUACUCAACACGGAUGUAGCGAAAGAAACUUUGAAGGAUUUGGACAUCCAUGACAAAUCUGUGGAAGUUCAGGUGGAGGAGACUGGAGAGAAUGGAAUCCAUAUUCCAGAACAUGAGGUGAUCACCAGACGGAGGCAAUUUCGAAUGAAAAAGGAGAGAACAGAUAAGAAAAAGUCAGAUCGAGAUGAGAAGAAGAUUGAAAAGCAAAAGAAAAAGGAUGAGAAGAGCAAGAAGAAGGAAGAGAAGAACAAGAAGAAGGAUGAGAGAGAUGCCAAAAAGGCAGAGAAAGAAGCAGUGAAAGCUGCAAAAGCAGCCAAGAAAGACAAGACGAAGAAAGCUGGUCGUACCUCGGCUGAGAAGACCAAAGAGAGGAAAAAGAAGACAUCGAAGAAACAGAAGAGUUCCAGCUCCAAGAUGCAUGGCAUGGAUAACACAGACCAUCCAUCAACAAGGCCUGUCCAGAGUCGCAAGAUCCGUCGUUUGAGGGAGUACUCCCGGGCGUUGACAUCUGCUGGCACAUAUGGGGAGUCAGUAGUCAAGAGAGGCCAAGUGGAAGAGAUGAAGAUCCCCAGCAAGAAAGGCCAAAAGAAGUCAACGGCCAAGAGGACUGCCAAGAUCCAGACUGAGAAAAAGGCAAAGGAAAAUCACACAGAGGAAAUUGUGGUGGAAGGAAGUGAGAAGAAGAUUGAGGAAAAGGCGAUGGAGAAGACUCAGGAGGUUAUGGAUCAGAUUGAGGAAACGGCGGAGGAGAAGACUGAGCCAAAGGCGGAGGACACCGAAUCGAACCUUGCAGAAAAGGGAACAAAGCAGAAAGCAUCCAGAUCCAAGAACACCAGAGCUUCGGGAUCACACAAGAAGACUGCUGCCAAAUCGGCGGCAAAGCCCAAAGCAGCCUCUGGCAAAAAAGAGAAAGAGACGAAGAAGAAGAAGAACCAUGGAAAGAAGGAGACUGAAGAACAGAAGAUUCGACCAAAGAGAUCUCUGUCUGGUGAGGUUGAGAAAGCAAAAACCAAGAGCAACAGAAAGACGAAGAAUCAUGUGCACGCAAUGCCAGUUGAGGUGAACCGACUCGUUUGUGAGUGCGUCAAAGAGGUACUUAAGGAGUGUGAGGAUUCCAAGUGCACCCAUCCUACGUGGGAAAAGCCCAAGGAUGAUCUUGCGGAUAUCCAGCCCUACGCAUCCCGCUGUGCUUGCGGCAUCAAGGUCAAGGAGUGGAACCGCCAGAGCCGACCAGACCCAUGCGGCGAGCACAUGGCUUGGUAUACUGAUUGUCUCAAGGCCUCGCAUGAGGCAGCGAUCAAGGAGAGGGCUGAGUGGAUUGCUGAUGCCUCGGCGGAAGGUCAGAAAGGUUGGGAAGUCAUGCCGGAAUUCCUCGAAGAGAUCAACAAUGAGUACAACUCCCAAAGGAGAUAUGCUUUAUCGAGUUUUUCUCUGGAGAUGGUGAGGAUGGGUGCCUUUAGCACAGCAUGGGGGAUCGUUUGUAGCUCAUGGGUGCAAAUGAAUGUCUUUACGAGCUGCCGGUCUCUCAUCAACCCCGAUGGAGACUGCUCCAAGAAGUACGUGGAGCAGGCCAACAAGAUGGUGUCACGGUGCGUGCUACUCAUCUGCCUGGUCAUUUGCUGUGAAGGAACCUUUUUCGUUGAGCAGCCCCGCUCGUCACUGAUGAUUGAAUACCAUCGCUUUCAAUGGCUAACGCGCUUGGUGCAAGUAUUCAAAGUCAAGUGGUACAUGUGCCACUAUGGGGCGCAAAGUGCCAAACCUGAGAUUGGAUUCUGCAACAACCGCUGGUGUUCUUUGCUGGACAAGGGCAAGCUGGAUCGUUUACAUUUUCAGGGGAAGACCAAGGUUGCUGCCAAGAUGCCGAUGGUUCGGGUCAAGAUGGAGAAGCCCGAUUUCGAGCAUCCACCUUCGACUCCAGUGUCGCAGCAGGAGACCCGGGUUGCUUUGACUCAGCGGACUGUGGAGGUGGAAAAGAUGAACACUGAGUUGAAAAACAGAAUCGCGCAACUGGAACGUGAGGCGUUGGAAAGGGCAGAGAGGGAAAUUCAAGCCAAACGGGCCAAAGAGUGCCAUUUGGAGCUCAUGUUGAAACAAACUUUGGAAAGGGUUACCCGGUUGGAGAGCAAGAAGAAUGAAACACCAAAAGAACCUGAGGUACCUAAAGUGGCAGAAAAGGUGCCAUCAAAACAUGCACAUGCACAUGUGGAACAAGGGAAAUCUGGUGGACAUCGUCCUGCUGAGCCAAACAGUGGCAGCAUGUCUUGUUCUUCGGAUGAAGAGGAUGAAGAUGACCACAUCACCACUCCCAAUGGUGAGCGUGGUGACUUCUUGCAGAAGUGUCGCCUGAUUCGUGAGCGUCUGGAUUCCAGGGAGUCUGAGACACUGGGAAAAUGGAUGACAGAAGAGACGAUGCGCAAGAGUGGUCUGUAUUCCCCGACAACCAUCAAGAGCAUGAUCUCAUACUGUCGCAAAUUCCCUGAAAGCCUGAUGCGGCCUUGGCGGUACAAUGACCAAGUUGAUGAGUUCUACAUCAUCUACGAGGACAAGUCAAGCCACAAAAAGGCGGAGACCCUUCGAGAGCAAGAUGAGAGGACUCUGAAGGAUGCUCCUGAGGGGUUGCCGCAGAAUCUUGUGAAAAUCCCAGCUGAACAGCUUGCCCCAGAGGUGGUCGGAGCUAAGUUGAAGCUGGAGCAUAAGGAUGGCAAACUCCAGAGUGAACGGCUCAAGGAGUUGCUUGUCCUCCAACCAGUUCAGCGAAAACGGCAUCAUUGGAAGGAUGUCCUGGACGAAGCUACAGUGGCAUUAGCCAGGUGUGCGAAGCUUAUUCCUUUGGAGUCCCGCUACAGGGUGCUGCAGAAAGAGCUUGGCUUGGAGGAAGGAAAGGCCAAGCCGAAGACCACGAAGGCAAAGAAGGACAAAGGUGCAUCUGGGUCAAAGGCACCCAAGAGCAAAAAGGAGCCCAAGUCCAGUAAGGGCAACCGUACCAAAGGUGCACGUGCCACGAAGCCGAAAGGAACCAGACGCCAAAAGGGGAACGGUUCCGGCCCUGCUGAGCCCACUGAAGCUCCUGUUGCUGCUGAAUCCAGCAAGCCCAAGGCCAAGCGAACCAGAAAGGAGAAAGGCUGCGAACUUAUCGACUUUGCGGCAGCGGAGCUGCGUGAUGUGAAGAGUGGGCACCAUUCUGCAAUGACAUGUCCUGUCCUUUCUGCCCUAGCGGAAGAAGCAGUUACUUCAGUGUUCCGCUUGAACAACUUCUACUAUCCCGUCGAAUUGACAUGGGAAAAGGAUGCGCCACUGUCUGGAUUUGUGUGGAUCAGAGUUACCUACCGGAAGGAUGGCCUUUUGGUGGUGUCAUUCCAGGGUAUUUUUGGCACUGGGACAUCAAAAAAGCCACCCUCGGCUGACCACUACAAGAGCACCAGUGAACUUUAUGCAGAAGAUCCACGAGUUUGGAACGCGAUCUUCGAACUGAUUGUCCAAGACUUCAAGAAGUGCCAGCUGGAUGGUGAAGCGCUAACUUGGAGCGCUCAUACAGGCGAGCGCCAAAAGGUGCUGGCCAAGGUGGCGAUUUUCAAGUCGAAGGUGGAGGUGUUUGUCACCUAUGUCUUUGCGGGCAAGGUACAGAAAGAAGCAGAAAAGGCCAUGGAUGAGGCAUGUGAGGUCCCAAUCCCAGUGCCCUGGAGUCGAGAGGGGCCAAUGACAAGAGAACUUUUCCAUGAUGCUGCAGUCAACGGAAAGGCCAGGUUCCAUCUGAUUGAUUUGUGGCACAGUGUGCAUUUGGGAGUGGGAAAGACGUGGGUAGCAAGCGGAGUGAUGAUGCUGCAGCAACUAUUGCCAGACACUGCUGUGGACCGGCGGGUGUUACUUCUUGGGGCAGACUACAAGGACUUUUGCCGUCGGAUGAAAAUGAACGCAAUCCUGCGCAAAGUUGAUCUGAGCACCUUUGGAACCACCAGUGAACCGAUUGGGGCAUGGAACAAAGCGGCCAUCACAUCCAACUUUUUCUUGUAUCUCGAAGACUUCUGUGAGAGGCACCAUGAGGAGAUUCAAGUGGAUGAACGCAUGCGCAUCUUUGCAGCUGGGACAAAACGGCUCAACUUCUUUUGGCGUGGGGUCUACUCAAAUGAUGUCUUGGUGGAAAGUUCGCUGGGUGCAUCUUUGGCCAGUGCACUUUACGACUUUGUCAAAGCGAGUGCGACAAUUGGUUUUGCAGCCAAUGUUGCGGGCGAUGCUUCCAGCAAUUUUCUCCGCGUGCUGAAAACAUUGCAGCAGACUGCAGGGAGAGAAAUGACUUACAUGUCAGCAGCUAAAGAACUGCUCAGACAGGACGGAGUGCGAGGCUUGUUUGUGCGCGGCCUUCCAACAAAGGUGGCAUCCAGCGGCUUUCAAGGUCUUUUUAAUGGGCUACGACUUAGUGCUCAAGAAGUUGUCCUUUUGAAAAAACGACAUGUGAAGAGUUGUGUUCGGAAGGUGCAGACGGAAGGAGACUCCGCGAAGAGCUUUCGA